AGCAGAUAAAGCGUAAUGCUACUCGGUUUCAAGCCCGUCGAUCCGUGCACUCGUAUUUUCCUCCUGGCGACCACCCCGAUGUGGCGUUUAUUGUGUGCUGCGCUCGCUGCGGUUGGCAUAGGCUCUGUCUCAGGGGCGGAUACCGGGAUUGUGCCGUCGACUUACACGGCAGCGGGCGCUUUCCCCACAUCUGCAUAUGCAUCCUACUAUAACUCUCCCACUGCGACGUCCGCGCAGGUACAGCCAGUCAUCUCCGAUCCAGUGACGCAUAAAGUGUUCCCCCUGGUUCUGACCGAUCCGAACGACUUUCCGAAAAACGACACAUGGGACCCGCACACAUUCCCUCCGGCCGCUUCCAGCACGACGCUGCUCGAACAAGCAAUCGAGCAGAUCAAGGUCAUAGCGAAGAACCCUGCGUUUGGAAACAACACGUGCGCUCAGUGCCAAGCAGGGCUCGAGGUCGCCAAGUUUUUGGCACUUGCCGCUCCGGAGCAAGGGCCGAACCUGGCAGUGGCGAUCUGCGAGCACUUUGGCUUCGCCCCGAAUUGUCAACAGCAGUACGACUGGACCGCCUACGGUCCUGUCCUAACUCAGGUAGCUUCGUACGGAAACUUGGGGGGCUACGAUGGACAGCUGUUAUGCUGGUGGUUCCUCAGUCUAUGUCCUAUGCCUCCGACCUCCCCACUCAAUAUGACAGGAUACUUCGCGAAACCAAAACCAGACCCGCUUCCUCCCCCGAAACAGCCAAGCGGAAAGUUGCUGAAGGUUCUCCACGUUUCAGACCUGCACCUUGACCCGCGUUACGCCACUGGAGCUGAGGCAAACUGCACAGAUAACCUCUGUUGUCGCAAGAACGUCAACAUUACUGACAGUCCUCAGACAGUACUUUUCCCAGCACCUCGAUUCGGAGCGUACCUUUGCGACACACCAUAUUCUUUACUCUUGUCUGCCAUGGAGGCGAUUCCACCUCUUACCGGAACGGAGGAAGGAGGAUUUAACUUCUCAUUGUUUACCGGAGAUAUCACGCCUCAUGAUCCUGAAAACCAGUACUCCAGAGCAUUCGUCGAGUAUGUGGAGGUGGUAAUCUACGACGUCCUCAAAAAAUACGUUGGCCCGGCACCCGUAUAUGCUACACUCGGAAACCAUGAUAUAUACGAUCAAUUCCAGUCAGCUCCGUACUCUAUGGGUGGCGCUCUAGCCACGCAAUACAACUGGCUCUACGAGCACAUCUCCAAGAUGUGGGAGCAUGAGGGAUGGAUGUCUGGCUCUCCGAUAGAGUACGCUCGCACUCAUUAUGCGGCGUACUCCGUCAAGCGCACCGACGGCCUCAAAAUCAUAUCCCUUAACACGAACUUGUGGUACAACCUGAACUAUUUCGCAUACAUCAAUGCAACGGACCCGGAUACUUUCGGAAUUCUACGCUUCUUAGCGGACGAGCUUCAGGAUUCAGAAGAUGCUCAGGAGAGAGUGUGGAUUAUCGGUCACGUUCUUAGUGGCUGGGAUGGGACCAACACUCUCAACAACCCGAGUAACUUGUUUUACCAGAUUGUGGAUCGUUACUCGCCACACGUCAUCGCGAACAUUUUCUGGGGUCACACGCAUGAAGACCAGUUCUCUAUUUUUUACGCCAACAACGGGACCAAUAUGAGUGCAGAAACGGCUCAAACUGUUUCAUGGAUUGGCCCUUCUCUUACUCCGCUCACCAACUUGAAUUCCGGUUUUCGUGUCUACGAAGUCGAUUCUGCGACAUUCGACAUUGUCAACGCAUAUACCUGGGUGAGUAAGGUCAAUGAAUACCCAAGCCUUGACGAUCAGCUCGAGUACGGCCCAUCAUAUUUCUUCGAGUACAGCGCUCGUGAAGCAUAUGGAGGCGAUAUCGAUUGGCCCGAGGACGCUCCUCUGAACGCUACAUGGUGGCACCUCGUAACCGAACAAAUGGAGAACAACUCAUCGCUUGCUAAACUUUUUAGCACGUAUCAGAGCAAAAGCUCGGCGGCAGCGUCUGAAUGCGAUGAAGAAUGUCUUUCGGCUAGAAUAUGCUACAUGCGGAGUGGGUCCGCUAGCUUGGCGUGGCAGAACUGCCCUCCGAACUACGGGUCAUCUAGUUAGGCCCGAAGGCACCUACCGUAGGUGUCCUCAUGUCUGUCAUCAUAAUGGACCCAACAGCGUAUGCACAGCUUUGCCUGAGAUGUGCAGAAAUGCGUUCGUGCUCAGUCUGCCAUCUCUUUGUCAUGUGAAACAAACUGCGUAAUGUUUCACUAUGGGUUAGAUUAAAACAAACUCAUAACUACUACUGCUUUGUUUGUUCCAUUUUCGCUCCCUCCGAAUACACUCG